GGUCCAGCUGGUCCCCGCGGUCUCCCCGGCCCUCCUGGCGCUCCUGGUCCCCAAGGUUUCCAAGGUCCCCCCGGUGAACCCGGAGAGCCCGGUGCUUCUGGUCCCAUGGGUCCCCGUGGUCCAGCUGGCCCCCCUGGCAAGAACGGAGAUGACGGUGAAGCCGGAAAGCCCGGCCGUCCUGGAGAACGCGGUCCCCCCGGCCCCCAGGGUGCACGUGGUCUCCCAGGAACCGCCGGUCUACCGGGCAUGAAGGGUCACCGAGGCUUCAGCGGACUCGAUGGUGCCAAGGGUGAGCCCGGUCCUGCUGGCCCCAAGGUGAGGAGCGGUGACAGGGGGAGGGGGGGGGGGGCACUGGGGACCACCUCUCCUGCUGGUGGACAUCACUAAUGGGUACCUCCUCUCCCACAGGGUGCUCGUGGUAACGACGGUGCUCCCGGUGCUGCCGGUCCUCCCGGUCCAACUGGUCCUGCUGGUCCCCCCGGCUUCCCCGGAGCUGCUGGUGCUAAGGGUGAAACAGGUCCCCAGGGAGCUCGUGGCAGCGAAGGUCCCCAAGGUGCCCGUGGUGAGCCCGGUCCCCCCGGCCCUGCUGGCGCUGCCGGUCCUGCUGGCAACCCCGGUGCUGACGGUCAACCCGGUGCCAAGGGCGCAACCGGUGCUCCUGGCAUUGCUGGCGCUCCCGGCUUCCCCGGUGCCCGUGGUCCCUCCGGACCCCAAGGUCCCAGCGGUGCCCCCGGUCCCAAGGGUAACACUGGUGAACCCGGUGCUCCAGGCAACAAGGGAGACACUGGUGCCAAAGGCGAACCCGGUCCCGCUGGUGUCCAAGGUCCCCCCGGCCCAGCCGGCGAAGAAGGCAAGAGAGGAGCUCGUGGUGAGCCCGGCCCCGCUGGGCUUCCUGGCCCCGCCGGCGAACGUGGCGCUCCCGGCAGCCGCGGUUUCCCCGGCGCUGAUGGCAUCGCUGGUCCCAAGGGUCCCCCCGGGGAGCGUGGCUCCCCCGGCCCCGUUGGCCCCAAAGGAUCUCCUGGUGAAGCUGGACGCCCCGGGGAACCCGGUCUCCCCGGUGCCAAGGGUGCUGCUGGCAAAGACGGUGAAGCAGGUGCCCAAGGUCCUCCCGGCCCUACCGGUCCCGCUGGAGAAAGAGGUGAACAAGGUCCCGCCGGCGCUCCUGGCUUCCAGGGUCUGCCGGGUCCCGCUGGCCCCCCCGGUGAGGCGGGCAAGCCCGGUGAGCAGGGUCACCCCUUCCCACCCUCACCCUGCACCCUCUCCCUCCCGCACAGGGUGUCCCCGGAGGUGCGGGUGAUGGGUGACCACCCGUGGCCGGUGGUUUUUGGGGUGCAGAUGGAAAGGGGGGGUGAUGCUGGUGCUCCCGGUGCCCCCGGGAACCAAGGCCCCCCCGGUCUGCAGGGUAUGCCCGGAGAGCGUGGUGCUGCCGGCCUGCCAGGCGCCAAGGGUGACAGAGGCGACCCCGGUCCCAAAGGUGCUGACGGCGCUCCUGGCAAAGACGGUCUCCGAGGUCUGCCCGGCCCCAUCGGCCCCCCCGGCCCCGCUGGUGCUCCCGGUGACAAGGGUGGGUGGGCUGGUGAGGCGGGCGCGGGAGGGGGCGAUGGGGCUGCGCUGGUCCACACUGACCUCUCCUCUUCCUCCUCCUCCUCCUCCUCACAGGGUGACCGUGGUGAGACCGGCCCCGCCGGCCCCCCUGGUGCUCCCGGUGCCCCCGGUGCCCCCGGCCCCGUUGGUCCUGCUGGAAAGAAUGGAGAUCGCGGUGAGACCGGUCCCCAAGGUCCCGCUGGCCCCCCUGGUCCUGCUGGUGCUCGUGGUCCUGCUGGUCCACAAGGUCCCCGUGGUGACAAAGGUGAAACUGGUGAACAGGGUGACAGAGGCAUGAAGGGUCACAGAGGCUUCUCCGGUCUCCAGGGCCCACCUGGUCCUCCUGGCUCUCCUGGUGAACAAGGUCCUUCUGGUGCCUCUGGUCCCGCCGGUCCAAGAGGUCCUCCCGGCUCCGCUGGUGCUGCCGGCAAAGACGGUCUCAACGGGCUGCCCGGCCCCAUCGGCCCCCCCGGCCCCCGCGGUCGCACCGGUGAUGUCGGCCCCGUCGUAUGCGAAUACUGGAUCGACCCCAACCAAGGCUGCAACCUGGACGCCAUCAAGGUCUACUGUAACAUGGAGACAGGCGAGACGUGCGUCUACCCCACCCAGGCCACCAUCGCCCAGAAGAACUGGUACCUCAGCAAGAACCCCAAGGAGAAGAAGCACAUCUGGUUCGGCGAAACGAUGAGUGACGGCUUCCAGUUCGAGUAUGGUGGUGAGGGCUCCAACCCAGCCGACGUCGCCAUCCAGCUGACCUUCCUCCGCCUGAUGUCCACUGAGGCCGCCCAGAACAUCACCUACCACUGCAAGAACAGCGUCGCCUACAUGGACCAGGACACCGGCAACCUGAAGAAGGCCCUUCUCCUCCAAGGUGCCAACGAGAUUGAGAUCAGGGCUGAAGGCAACAGCCGCUUCACAUACGGCGUCACCGAAGACGGCUGCACGAGUCACACCGGCGCUUGGGGCAAGACAGUCAUCGAGUACAAGACGACAAAGACCUCUCGCCUGCCCAUCAUCGAUUUGGCUCCCAUGGACGUUGGCGCUCCAGACCAGGAAUUCGGCAUCGACAUCGGCCCCGUCUGCUUCUUGUAAACCGGA